UGCAGGAAUACGAAAAUGAUCGCUGGCGUAUCAUUGCGGGAAAAGUUGGCAAUGGCUUCACACCAGCAGCUUGUCGAGAGAAGGCAACUCAGCUCUAAAGGGAGUUGGUUGUAAUGGAUGAAGUUACGGAAUUUUCAUGGAUGGAUACGGACUUUGCUCAUUUCCCACAUUACUAUUUUCUCUUUUUCUUUUCCUUUCCCCUCUUCCAUUCCCUUCUUACCAUUCUUCUUCCCUCUUGUUCACUUCUUAUUUAUUUAUUUUUUUUUCAACCCCUUUGACCUACUUUCCUUGGCAGGUUGUACAAAGGGGUAUUUUGGAGAACAUGGGUGCUUUACUAGUGAUAGCUCUAGACCGGACGGCUGAUGUAAGCUGGUACUCUCAUCGAGGGCGCUGGGUAAAAUCCAGCGAUUACCCUAGUUAGGAGUAAAAUGGUAGAGCAUAAACUGCGCAAACGAUAGUU